AUGUCUCCGCCUGACCAAUCGGAUUCCGCGACCUGGCCCGAUCUCGCUGGCCGUAUCGUUGUGGACAGUCAGGGACGCGGCCACGUUCUGCCCGUCCGCGUCUAUUUCGAAGACACCGACUUCUCCGGCCUCGUCUAUCACGGCAGCUAUAUCCGCUGGUGCGAACGCGGCCGCUCGGAUUUCCUGCGCCUGAUCGGCAACGACCAUCGCGCGCUGAUCGACGGUUCCGGCGCCCGCGAGCCGGCGGCGUUCUUUCUCAAGCCCGCGCGCAUCGAUGAGAUUUUGGAAGUAACGACGCGCGUCAAGGAAACGACGGCCGCCACCCUCACUCUGGACCAGCGCAUUGCCCGCGAAGGCGUCGAACUCUUUACCGCCGAGGUCAUGGUUGUGCUGGUUUCACGAUCCGGCAAGCCACAGCGCCUUUCGAGCGCACUGCGUGCCGCUUUGCAGACGAAGAGCAGAUGA